AUGGAUGCCAAUGCUGGAGCAGAAUCUUUAUCACAGGUUAUAACUGAACGUAAUCAAUUACGAUCGCAAAACGAUCAGUUGUGGAAAUUAAUAGAGAAACAAAAAUCAGUAAUAGAUAAUUUACAAAAGGAAAAUCAAAAACUUUCCAAUGAAAGAGAGAGGCUUAUUAUAAAACUUAGGGAUAAUGAUAGCAUAAACUCAAGUCGUUCCGAGGACGAAAAGACGCCAAUUGAGAAGGGAGGGAGUGAAGAUAAAAAACCCGUGGAAUCUGAUAAUUCAAGUAAUUCAAAUAAUAUUAAUGAUAUUAUUGUUACGGCUGCGCCGAGUACAUUCAAACCACCUGUUCAAUCUGUUCGUCAAUUACCAACUGGAAGCGUGAAUUCAAGUCAAUCAAAUCAACCAUCACCACCACAAUUAUCAUCAUUAGAUAAAGCACCAUCUUUAGAAACAAAAUCACUAAAUCAGCACGAUUCGUCCAUUUCAGCAUCAUCUGAUGUAUCCACUAAUGUUGAGACAUCUGUAUCGGCUUAUGAUGAAACAGAUAUGAAAGUUGCUCUCAAGGAUGAUGAAGCAAGUUCAAUUGAUCAACAAAAAGAAGAAACACAUCAACUGCAAACAGAUACCAAUUCAGUGAAAAAUGAAAAUGGUAUCAUCACCCAUAUUAAUGAAUCAAUUUCUUCAAUCACAAUUGAUUCGAAUGAUACAUCUAACCUUGUCAAAACUCUUUAUUCUUUACCACCAGUUCUUCCUCCAAAAUCUAUUCAACGACAACAUUCUUUACAAAUUGAUAAUCGUCCAAAGUCUCCUUCAAACUUAACGGAAGUUCAAGAUUCUCAAGACUCUCCACGAAACUCUCAGGGACAACCAACAUCGCUUCCUAUUGAACAAAAUUCCGAAUCAUCCGUUUUACGGAAUCCUCCAUCACCCACCAUUUCAGUAAAAUCUUCAGGGUCUGAAAGCGUAGGCAGUAGUGGCGGUACCAGUAGGUAUACGCAUAAUAGUACAGCACAAACCAUUGACACAGAUUUGGAUGAAAAUGAUGCUCUAGAUCAGUUCCCUCAACCAAUGCCUAGGGAAAAGUCAAAUUUUGAGGAAAAUCAUAGUGUAGAUAGGUUAGAUUCCGAAGAAAGUAUUAGUGCAUUAACGGAAAAUGACCAUAAAAUUCCUGAAUCUCCUGGUUUGUCAAACUCAUCAUCAUCUAUACCACCUCGUUCUCCAAAGUUACCAUCCUCACCUAGAGCAUUUGCUUAUGGUAAUGAAUCACGUAAAUCCAGUAAUGAUUCUGAAUUGCCUAUACCUCCACAUAGUCCUAGUCAUGAUAGCAAGCCUAAUAUAUCAAACGGUACUAUUAUAAUUGAUCAGAACAAUGCAAGUAAUGACGGUUAUUUACAAAAUUUACAAGGUACUAUUCAAAUACCUACGAUAGAACAUAACUUACCUAUUAGAUCACAAUCAUUACCAUUUCGUGAUAAUAAUAAUACAUCACAACCGUUUGUAUCGGUGCCUAGUGAUGAUUCCGAAGAUUCCUCGAAAAAAUCAAGGAGAGAUUCUCUGACUCAUAAUCAUAGUGAUUCAAACCUGGGGAGCACUUAUUUAGCUACGGAUAAUGUUCCAAAAGAAAAGGCAUUGAGACCUAGUAAAUCUUUUAAUUACAUUUCACCUGUCUCACCUGGACCAAGAGCUAGAGUUUCAGCUAUGCCACCUCCUCGAGGUGGGCAUUAUCCUGAAUUACGUAACCCAGGAUUGAAUUCUAACACGUUAUCAAUUCCCGGUCAAAAUACUCGUCACAGUGUUUAUAUGACACCUGGACAAAGUCCAAGAGAUAGUCCUGCUGCUGAACGUGUAGCUCAACAUAUAAAAAACAAACGAUCUCUUCCUGACGCUGGUAUUGUGACGAAUCCAUCUCACGGUCUUCAUCAGCAGUCACCACAAACGCAACAACAGCAAAUGACUCAAAAGCAAAUGUCUCAACAACCUUUCCAACAACCAGGUUUUACGCAGCAACACCAAAAACCACAUGGUACACAAGCUAUUACCUCAGAUGGUAUUUCUGGCAUUGCUGUAAAGGUUAUUGGCAGCAAUAAAAAGAAUAAUGAUAAGGGCAAAGAAGUGUUGGCAUUUGUAAUAUCAGUAGGACAUGCAAGGGUGCAAGAUAGUUCAGUCGUUGGGUUGGAUAAAGAAUUAUGGAGAGUUGAGAAAUUAUAUUCUGACUUUUUAACUUUGGAUUCAAAAUUGAAACAACACCAAAACAAAAGCACUAUAAAUAAAAUUGGUAAAUUACCGGAUAAAAAUCUCUUCCACAAUAAUGCCCCUAGUAAAGUAGAUCAAAGAAAGAUUGCAUUGGAACAAUAUCUUCAACAUGUCAUUUCAUUGCCAUUGAAAGAUUCUAAAGAUUUAUGUGAAUUUUUAAGUUCAAACGUAAUUGAUCAACAAGAAAAGGAUUAUAGGCAGUCCGGAUAUAAGGAGGGAUAUCUUACAAAAAAAGGCAAGAACUUUGGUGGUUGGAAAUCAAGAUAUUUUGUGUUGAAUAAUCCUGUGCUUGACUAUUAUGAGAGCAAAGGGGGGAAUCAUCUCGGUUCUAUUCGCUUGACUUAUGCACAAAUUGGGCGACAACAAAAUAAUAAUAUUAAUGAAGCGGACAAGGAUAGUGACAAUUCCUUUAGGCACGCUUUCUUAAUUUUGGAGCCAAAAACUGGUUCAAAGAAUAAACAUGUAUUAUGUGCCGAGAGUGAUGCAGAAAGAGAUGAAUGGGUGGAGGCCUUACUUCAGUAUGUUGGUUUUGGUAAACAUGAAUUUUUCGAUGCAAAACUUCUUGCGAACGAACAGCAAAGAGACAAUCGCCCUGAUAGGAAAAAAGGAAAUGAUUCAAUUUCUAGUUUUAGUAGUCAGUCGGACCAAUGGAAUGAUCCACCAAGGAAUUCUUUAGGUGGCAAUCAACAGCAAUCCAUGUUGGGUGUAUCUUCAACUCCAGUUGUGAAACGCGGUAGCGUGUUAAGUCGAGACGAUCCAGAUCGUAGGAACUAUAGUGGUACUCCUGACCGAGAAAAUACAGCUUCGCCUGUUGGUGGUACGAGCGUUAAUAAUCCACCGCAACAAUCCUCAUAUGUUCAAGGAGUACGAGAUCAAAUGCAAUUACAUGGACAUUUAAGACGUCCGCAUGAUGACAGUAACCAAGUUGAAAGGAAAAAAACGUCACGUAAAACUUUCUUUGGCAGCAUGUUUGGUAGUAGUAAAGAUGAUAAAAAGAAAUCUCAUGAAUCUCGACCUGACGUGUCCAAAAUUGUUUUUGGUGUUCCAUUGGAUUAUGCUAUAUCAGUAGCACGAAUUAAAGAAGGUUAUGAACUGCCUGCUGUAGUAUAUCGAUGUAUUGAAUAUUUGGAUGCAAAUAAUGCUACAGAAGAAGAAGGAAUUUACCGCUUAAAUGGAGCCACGGCUACUAUCAAAUUCUUAAAGGAAAGAUUUAACUCGGAGGGAGAUGUUGAUUUAAUAGGCGAGGGUGAAUAUUAUGACGUACAUGCUGUGGCUGGGCUAUUGAAAUUAUACCUGAGGGAAUUGCCCACAAGUGUUCUAACUCGUGAAUUACACGCAGAAUUUGUUAAUGUGAUUGAUCUUCUUGAUCGACGUGAUCGUAUAAAUGAACUUGGUCGUCUUGUCUGUGCCCUUCCUUUAUCAAAUUAUACAUUAUUAAGGACAUUAACCGGACAUUUGAUCCGUAUUGUACAAAAUUCCGACAUUAAUAAGAUGACAGUUCGUAAUAUUGGAAUCGUUUUCUCGCCAACGCUGGGUAUUCCUGCAGGAGUUUUUAGUCUUUUUAUGGCUGAAUUCGAUUACAUUUUCUUUACUGAUAGCAACGGUACAGCUGCACCUAGAACUAUAGACGCACCUCCAUCUGAAAAUAAGGAAAGUGAGGAGUCUAAUUCUAGAAUAGAAGAAAAUAAUAAAUCAGUAGAAACUUCGCAAUCUACAACGAAUAAUGAUCUUGAUGUAGCCCCUCUUUCACCUAGUGUAUUAUCACCAAAAAAUGUUUUGCGGCGCCGUGACCUUCGUGAAGACAUCGACGGAAGGAGUAAUCGUAACAGUAUGCAUUAUAUGGACGGAGCACCCAAGAAAGUGGUUGGCUUGGAAAGAAAAUUGACAGGUACUAAAAAGUUACGUCGAGUUGAUUCUUCAGAUGAAGAAGAAGUCAAUGAUCUUGCUCUUCAAGCAGAUGAUGAUGAAAGUUUAUCUUCUGAUUCGGCAGAUGAAUCAACAUCACCGAUCAAUUCAUCGAUACGUUCAGCACCAGUUUCACCACGUCUACCGACGCCAAAUGGUUUACCGCGUCCUAAUUCGACUUCUAGUGUUCAUGUAGAAUCCACGGAAGAUACUGUUUCAGAUGCGGAUUCAGUUGAAACGCGGAAUAGUCGUCGAUUAACAGUAAGAAGCUUUAAUAAGCGUGAUUCUAUGUAUGAAAUACUUUCAGAUGCUCAAAGUUCACAGAAUGAAGAAUCGAAUCAGCAAAAUAAUCCAAAUGCGAACGGUGACAUAACUAAUAUUGCCAAUGAAAGUAAAAAAAAUGAUGAUUUGUGA